AUGUCCGCAGUCACUGGAUACGAUUAUCCGGGCUAUGAAGAGCUGGGGAAUAUUUUUAACAUCUCAGCUGCUGUGUCAAUACCUGCUGAUGCUCGCAUCGUCGCCACCUCGGGCCAAAUUGCCGAUAACCACGACCCUAUGUGGGGCACGCAUGCCGAGCAGUUUGAAAAGUCAAUGAUCAACAUCGAGAGGUCUUUGGCGGCGGCAUCACCUCAUAUCACCGAUUCAAGGCAACUGUGGGAGGGGAUCUUCUAUAUCACAUCAUUCCACGUCGGCACUUUGUCGAAAGAAGAACAGUUGCAGAUCGCUGAAGUUGCGAGAAGAUACUUGGGGAAAAACAAGCCGGCAUGGGCAGCUAUCUGUGUCAAUGCCUUAUUUCCACCCGAGGCGCUGGUAGAGAUUCAGGUCCAGGCAGCUUAUCGCGAUGGGAAAUAG